AUGCCCGCUUUGCCCUCGCCUUUCGCCAAAGGGGGAUGCAUUGUGUCAGCGCCAGUGGGGCCGGCCGGUUCCGCAGGGCCGGUGAAGUCGUCUUCGGGAAAGCUUGAGUCACUCAGGCUUGCUGGAGUGAAGAUUCCGAGUGUGCCGGGACAAAGCUGGGAUCAGAAACUCUCUGAGGCGAGGGAAGCAGCUUUGGCAAAGUGGCUAGGGAUUCUUGAAAGGUUCCCCGACGAUUUCGGUCUUUCUUUGUCGAUUCGGCUAGAUAAGGAGAACGGGCGAGACUCUGACUUGAAGUCGUCUUUGCAAGAUGUGUUUUCCCAAAAGGCGAGUGUCACGAUCUCAGGCCGUGCUGGGCCCCUUGCCAGGUACAUCAAGCACUGCCGAAGUUGCCAGGUUGUUCCUUUCCCUGUCACUGAAGCAGGGAUCUAUGCUUUCCUACAGGAUUAUGCAUCUCACGAGGCGCCCACUUUCGCCAGGAGUUUCUUGAGCAGCCUUGCUUUUGCAAAGUUCACUGUGAGCUUGAAAGUGAGUGAUGAAGUCUUCAGCCCCAGGGUCCGUGGGCUGUCGUCGAAGCUGUAUCUUGAAAAGAGGAAGACUCGGCAGAAGCCGUCGCUCAAAGUUGAUCAUGUGCGGAAACUGGAGGCCAUCGCUUCCGGCUCGAUCGUGCUAGAGCCUUCAGACCGGGUCGCUGCUGGCUUCUUCGUGUGGACCUUGUAUGCACGAGCGAGGUACUCGGAUGCCCAAGCUGCAGGUGCAAUGACUUGUGACUUAAGCGACACGCCGGACGGCACAGUCGGAUACCUGGAGUCCGCUGUUGAGCGAAGCAAGACUUCGUUCUCUCUGGAAAGAAAGGUCAGGUAUUUGCACAUGUUUGCUCCCAUCCAAGGUAUAGGUGAGGUGCCCUGGGGUGUCAAGUGGUUUGAGUUCUAUAAGGAGCAUGGGCCUCCUUUGGGGUCGGGCAAGCCCUUGCUUCCGAGCCCGCUCUCUGGCGGAGGGUGGCAAACAUCGCCGCUGGCGGUGGCGAGUGCCACGAAAUGGAUGAAGUCACUCUUGAUCCGUGCGGGUUGCGACAGGUCUUCCGUUGAACCGCUUGGGACGCAUAGUCUCAAGGCAACGACCUUGAGUUGGAGCGCCAAAUUCGGACUAUCCCGUGAGGUGAGAGCGGCCCUAGGCUACCACGCCAGGGGCCGUGAUGGGACCGAGCUCAUCUAUGGGAGAGACAACAUGUCUGCUCCUGUGCGCCAGCUGCAAGGGGUUCUGCUCGAGGUGUCGCGCGAAAGGUUCAUGCCGGACGCCACCAGGUCCGGUUACUUCGUGAAGCGCUUUGAAGAUCCAGAGGGGAUGCCCAUUCCUCCUGAGGAGGUCUUGUCGGAAUCUUCUUCCGAGGCCAGCGAGGAUGCCGAGGAUGUCGAUCAUGUAGCUGCGGAGGCGGCCACCGACGAAUUGGGAACAGAGACAGCCGUUUCAUCCAUGCUGUCGCAUCCGAAGAAGGCGACAAGUUCAGAUGCGGAAGAAGCAUAUCGACCAGGCCACGAGGUGCGGAUUCGAGAGUGUUCUGAGGACUUUCAGCAAUUUGUAGGAGUUUCACUAGCUCGGUUCCUGCUCCUGACGAUGGCUAACUACUCUGAGAGUCAAUCGGUUCUGCAGUCGCGAUUGAGUGUCGUGGGUUUCGCAGAAGAUGACGUUCAGAAAAUCCUGCCAGAGGGGCCGCUGAUGCAGGUGUUGAAAGACAUUCUGAAGCGAGACUUGACAAUUGCAGACAAGGCUAAUUGGCGUGCGGUUUACAAUGAAGCUUUUGCCAUUGUGACCGCGGAAAUGAAGCAGAGGAUUGAGAAGGCCGACCCAGAGUCGACCGUCAGGCCUUUGUCUCAGCCUGAGAGGUCUGAGAGGUACGAGCGGCAGGCCAAGAAGCUUGUCGGGAUUUCACUGAAAGGGCCUCUGGAGCCUGCCGAUGCACUUGUUGAUCUUGCUGUGGCUUCCUAUGAGGCAAAUGAGCUGAGGUACAUUCCGUGGGACCGGUGUGUGUCCAAGGAAGCUGAACUGGCUGGCGAGAAGAAACGCGAUGUCAGGUUCACUGUUGAGGAGUCUUCGGGAAAGCUUCGGAUCGAGCACAAACAGCCUGAUCUGGUUGCGGAUACUUCAUCGGAGAUUCUUGUUCAGCAGGCUCUCACCAGGAGAGCUUUGGCCAUGGAUCAGGCGAACCUGAUCGAGUUCAGUGUUGCUGAUAAGUGGACUCAACGCUUGAUGAAGGCCCGCAUGCAAGCGCCUGCGGAGCAUUUUGCCAGGCCCACUUGGAAGCAACUUGAGUCGGCAGAUCGGCAGCUGUUUGCCGAGCUUCGUGAUAAGACCAGGGCAGGAGUGCAGACUGUCGCAUCGGGUCGCCCGUUGGACACACUUCUGCCAGAUGCGAUGUACAUGAACGAAGUGUCAUGUUUAUUGCAACCUUUUCCGGCCCCUGCCCUAAAAGAUGUUCCCCAGAAGCCGGAUGCUCCCAAGUGGGAGAGGCCUUCUCCUUACAACAAAGGUGGAGGCAAAGGAAAGAAAGGUAAGCAGAGGUUCAUGACAAGGUUGCCCGCCGGCCUGGAGGGCUGCAGGUCUCACACCAAUCGUGGUGACCCAAUCUGUUUUGCAUUCAAUCUGGGAGGCUGCCCUACCAAAGGGCAGAAGUGCGAGAAAGGCCUGCACAUUUGCGCAGGUGCGUCGCUGAUGGCCGGUGCUCCAGAGAGUGUGCAUCAGCCGGCAGCGGGAGCCUCACAGGUGGAUGAUCUCCUAGAGGGAGUUCAUCGGCCGAGCAAUGCAUGCGCCGGCGGCUCUCCUCCGAGUGGUGUGGAGUGUCGUCUGCAGUCAGGUGUUGAUCGAGAGGAUCAUCACAUGCACAACGUUGGCUCUCACAGUGCCAUCUCCAGGCCAUCACCAGGUGUGGUGGAGGCCGCACGCAGCAGGUCCCCGAGGCCCCGUGAUGGGGCACAGUCGCAGAGAGGUUCUUCACAUGACGAGGGCCAUGUGAGUGCCGCCGAUGUUCUGCGGGUUUUCGAUGGUCUUCCUUCGGAUGCCUUGAAGAGGGGUGCCGAUGCACCUCUCCCAACUUCGAAAUCUUAUGCCACGGGAGCGUAUGUUCUUGGUGGUAAUGUAGGCCUGAAGGACAAUGCCUCAGCCAACCCGGAGGCGCUCAAAGUCUUUGCAAGGUUUGUGAGACAGCGUGCUCCGGGGUUUAAGUUUUCUUCGAUAAAUAUAUUUGAGGAUGUUCGCACUGAGCGCCAUCGAGAUCAGUGGAAUGCCAACUUGCAUAACUUGGCGAUUGCACUGACUGACUUCUCAGGUGGAGCUAUCUUUGUGGAGCAUGAAAACGGUCGAGACGUAUCCGACCUUAAUGGUGCACGAGGCUCUCGCUUGCAGGUUGCUAAGGGCCCUGUCCGAUUCAAUGCCAGACACAAUUGGCACUACACCGAGGCGUGGCAGGGCCGUAGAGUCUUGCUGGUUGCAUUCACCAUCCGUCAUGUCGAAUCGCUGUGCAAGGAACAUCUUGACUUUCUCCGCGAGUGUCAUGUUGAUGUUCCGGAAUGCGCGCCCGAGGGCGCGCGGUUGGCGCCUGCUGAAGCGUGUGCUCGUCAGCCGCCAUCCUUGACCUCCCCCGCAGCUCAGGAGUCGCUUAGGCCCUUGCCCGCUUCGGUUGUCCCCGCCGUUGACCCUAAGGAACCUGUGAGCGACCCUGCUAGUCCCUUGAAGCCCGGUUCUGCUCUCUAUGUCGAGAUAAAGUGUGGGUCCGGAUUGCUGCCGGCUCGGGUGCGGCGGGACGGAUUUCAAAUCAUAGCGCUUGAACAUUCUCGCCCCGCUGGGCGAGUGCACACUCACCUUGUCCCGGUGGACAUUGAAACGGAGUCGGGAUUGUUUCAAGGCUACUUUUUGCGCCGGCAAACCAUUCGCAUCGCCAAACUCUUGCUUGCAUCUGAUUCGCAUUGGAGUGUCUUGCAUCCCCUGGCGUCAGUCCUGUGGAAACAGCUCGACUUGCCCGACAACCUCCAUUGCGUGGACUUCUGUGCAGGUUGCUACGGGGCUCCCAGUCCUGUCAAAAUGCGUCUGUGCACAACCCAGGCCGCGCUGGCUGGCAUGCCGGUGCCAGCAUGUCGUUGUCGCCCCGGGCCCCAUGUUGCGGGCUCGCUUUCGCCAGAUGCCUUGUACACUUCGAAAUUCUGUGAUGUGUUUGCUGGCCUCCUGCAGCUGGCGGUUGGCCAAUCUGGCCUCUUACUUGAGCAUGCUCUUCCACUGCAGAGUUCGCGGCAUUCUGCCGUCGCAGCCGCUGGGCGGCAGCCGCGAUUGUCAAAAUUCCAGCCGCAGAUCGCCGAGUUUAAGUGCCAAGCCACGGUCCGUGAGUUUCCGUGGCCCCUUCCUUUGGAUAAUAAGGGCAAUCUCACCUGUGCCGUAGGGUCGAUCCCUCCUGGCUCCCGCCUUCUUCGCGUUGUGUGUGAUCGGGGGGUCGUCGGUGCGAAACAGGUCGGAAGCCUGUCAGGUGUGCCUUCAGCAGUUACCUUUGGCAUUUACCGCACGGAACAAGAGUUUGUGGCUCAGGCAUUGCAUAUCGAUCAUCCCUUCGACUUGUGCGUGGCAGUCCCAGACUUCAUGUUGAGAGCGUUGGCUUUUACCUUGAAAGAGGGCCCGGUUGGUGUGAUGAAGCACCGUCUGAAUUUGCUCCAGCAGUGGACUUCUUGGAAACGCGAUUUGGCUGGUGCCGAAGCAGAGCUGCAUGCUGCCAUGGAUCCUGGUGUGGCUUCUGUUAUGAAGGGCAAGAAUAUUUUGCUUUUGGAAAAAAUUGCAUCGUCUUUCGGAUGGCCUGACACUGAAGUCUUCGAACACCUUAAGCAUGGUUUUCCUUUGGUGGGGGAGUCGAGUCCUUCUGGCAUCUUCGACGUGGACAGAAAGCCGGCUCUGAUGACAAGGGCAGAGCUUGUGCAGCAUGCUAAAUUCCUUAGGCCUGCGCUGUGGGCGAAGGUGGCGAAUGCGGAGGUGGAUGAUUUAGCUCGGGAAGUGUGGGAUUCCACACAGCAAGAGAUGCUAGUCAAGGAGUGGCUAACCGGGCCUUACUCGUGGGACGAGCUGCAAGCCCGUCACCCAGAAGGCUGGCUUCCAGUGCGGAGGUUCGGCAUUGUGCAAAAAGCCAAGACGAGGUCGAUCGACGAUUUGGCCGAGAACUCUGUAAACUGCGCUUACGCUGUUUCCGAUCGGAUUUCUUUGAGGGCCCUUGACGAGUUGGUCUGGCUUGCGAUCACCCUCUUCAAGAUCUUCCUUGCAAAAGGCGAGGUGAGCAUCCCGUUGUCGGACGGUGACCAUCUUCGCUUUCCGGUGCAUUCUUUCUGGAGGGCCCUGAAACCCGAGGCGCUUCAGCCGAGCUUGAAAACAGUGGACUUGAAGAGUGCUUAUAAACAGUUGGCGGUUUCUCCACGAGACCGCUGUCUGAGCAUAGUGGCCAUCAAGGACCCGGUCUCGGGGCUUGCGUUUGGCUUCGAGAGCCGAACCCUUCUGUUUGGGGCCACCUCGUCGGUGGUCUCAUUCAAUCGCGUUGCAAGACUGCUCCAAAGGGUUCUGGUUGCCUUGCAGGUGCUCGCCUGCAACUACUUCGACGACUAUCCGGUGUUGGAGGUCCUGCCGCUUUGCAACAACACGCAGUCAACUAUCAGAGCUGUGCUGGACCUGGUGGGUUUCACAUGGGCAGAAGAUAAGGAUCUUCCCUUCAGCCAUGAGGCUGAGCUUUUAGGCGUUCGGGUUGACCUUGGUUGCUUUGGGGUAGUUAAGAUUGGGAAUAAGCCCGAACGUGCAACUUCCAUUGCUGACGCAGUGGACUCCGUCUUGAAAGCGGGCCAUCUUGAUCCGAAGACUCUGCCAUCAUUGUUCGGUCGCUUGCAGUUUGCAGAGGGUCAGCUUCACGGGCGAUUGGGCAGAUUGGCACUGGCCGACCUCAGGGCGUGCACGAUGAGUUCUCAGGCCAAAACCCUUGAUGCCACGGCUGUGCAGGCCCUUUGUAAUCUUAGGUCCCGGGUUCUUGGGGGUACCCCUAGGAUAGUCCCGGCUUGUGUGGGGUCUCGUCGUUCUGUGAUUUUCACAGAUGGAGCGUACGAGCCGACGAGUGAAACUCACCCCGCCACUGUCGGAGGAGUCUUGUACCAUUUCGACAACGGCGCGUGGUGCACUUUCUUCUUUGCAUGUGCUAUCCCUUUGAGCGUUGUACAGAGCUGGGAGGCUCUCGGGAAAAGGCAUUUGAUAGGCCCAGUUGAGAUGUAUGCAGUGGUAUGUGCGAGAGAAGCUUGGGCGAAGCACUUGGACAUGCAAAGGGUGACCAUGUAUGUGGAUCACUCCGGAGUGUUGGCCUCUUUGGUGAAGGGCUCUUCGAAAGACCCUUUGUGGAGGCAACUCUUGCUGAUCUUUGAGAGCUGCGACGCAGAGGCGAUGCUUCCUUGGUUUAGCCGCGUUCCAAGUGCAAGUAAUCCGGCCGAUCCUCCUUCGAGAGCUAAGUCAAUCUUUCCAGUCAGGGGGCAGGUGUGCAGAGUGUCGCCUCGAUGCCCGAUCAAAGGCAAUGCCACGAUUGAUCUCCUUCUUAAGUGGAUGGGGUGUUCGUUGGCGAUCCUCGUGUUCGCCAUCGAUCGGUGCGGGGAUGUCACGACUUCCCCCUUCGGCUUUGCCGGAAGGAAAAAGCGCCACAUCUGCUUGAGCAAUUUUCUUAUUCUUUAUAUACUUUGA